CAGAAACAUUAGUUCAUCAGUAAGUGUGUAGCUCAUAAAGGUCUCAGAAUGGCGUCUAAACGGCCCUUCUCUGAGGAAGACUUCACCUGCCCUGUGUGUUGUGAUGUAUUUAAAGAACCUGUGCUCCUGUCGUGCGGUCACAGUGUGUGCAGAAGCUGCGUUCACCGAUACUGGGACACCAAAGGCUGCCAAGAGUGUCCUCUUUGUAGAAAGCGAUCUGAAAUAAGCCCUACUAUCAACCUGGCUCUGAAGAACCUGUGUCAGACCUUCCUGGAGGUCCGAGAAGAUCCAGAGACACUAUGCGACAUUCACAGAAAGAAACUGAAGCUCUUCUGUGUGACUGACAGACAUGCCGCAUGCUUGGAAUGCAAAGAUUCAAAUAAACACUCACAACACUGCUUUAUUCCUGUCGACGAAGCAGUAACGGAACUGAAGGAUGUUCUUACGAGCGCACUGAAUGCCUUGAAAAUGAAAGUUCAAUGCCUCCAAAAUGCCCAGGCCCAUUUUCACCAAAAUAUAGAUCACAUAAAGCAACAGACAGUGUAUAUAAAGAAUCAAAUAAAGGAGGAGUUUACCAAACUUCGGCAGUUUCUCCAAAAGGAGAAUAGAGCCAUGAUGGCUCAGUUGAAUAAGGAGGAAAAAGAGAAGACAAAGAGUCUGGAAAGCAAAAUAGAACAAAUCAAUCAAGAACUGCAGUCACUGUGCGGUACUAUUAGUGAUAUAAGCAAGCAAAUGGGAGUAGAAGACAUAAAAUUCUUGAAGAGCUUUGAGAAGACUUUGGCGAAAGCCGAUUACAAAGGGUCUGAUUUAAAAGUGGCUUCAGGUGAAGUUAUCAAUGUUGCAAUGUACGUAGGAAAUCUGCAGUUCAAACUCUGGAGCAAAAUGCAGAGCAUCAUUGAAUACACUCCUGUUGUUUUGGACCCAAACACAGCUCACCCACAACUCGUCCUGUCUGCAGACCUGACCAGUGUGAGAGACAGUGAUGAUGAUUGUGAGGCCAAGGCUAACAAGCCUAGCCCACCGGUUUUGUACACUCCUGGAUGGUUUAAGAGUUUGUGUGUGUUGGGCUCCGAGGGCUUUUCUUCAGGGCUGCACUGCUGGGAUGUUGAUGUAGGAAGCAACACCUUCUGGAUGCUUGGUGUUACCAGUGAGACUGUGCAACAGAAAAACCCCAGUGUAUUUCCAAGAGGAGCAUGGGGUAUUAGGUAUGAUGGGCAAAAGCUGUGUGCUCGAUCCCCUUUAGAAAUGUACACUCCCCUCACUUUGGCUGUCAAACCCAGAGUGGUCAGAAUUCGUCUGGACAUGGAUUUGAAUGAAGUGUGGUUCUUAGAUCCUGCCAGUAAUGUUAUUAUUUACAUGUUCUCGCACCACUUUACUGAGAAGGUUUUUCCAUUCUUUCACAGCAUGUGCAGUCACUCUCCUCUGAAGAUCAUUCCUCUCCAGCAUUUGGUGGUGUUAGGAGACAUUCCAUAAUGCAAUAAGUGUCAGUUACUAACAUUUGUGACUAUAGUAGAGUAAUAUAAAGUUGUAAUGUAUUUAUUGUGUUGUAGCAGCAUGAAAAAUGUGAAUUACUUUAGGCUAUAUUCUGACCAUUUGUGUGAUGUUGGAAUACUAACAUAUAUAUGUGGUAGCUCAGUGGUUAAGACGUCAGACUUCAAAUUGAAAGGUUGUACGUUCAAAUCCUAACACCACCAAGCUGCUACUCCUGGGCCCUUGACCAAGGCUCUCAACUCUUAACUAUUAUUUGCAUAAAAUGCGAUAAUUGUCAUCCUGGGUAAGGGUACCUGCUGUAAAAGUUUUGCUUCUUAAACUUUCACAGCUACGGUUGCAACAUGAUUGAUCUGUAUAAUAUAAAAUUGUGUGUCGAUUGUUUGCUCACAAUUUAGACAUAAUACUGAUGCACUUUAAAAUGUUCCUCUUCUACAUCUUGUGCUCUAACAGUUUCACUUUAUAAAGUUUGCGUUGUUAGUCAUAACCUUGCUCAGGUGACCGCUUUCAGUUAUUCACCCUGCUUUUCCUGUAUUCAUUUUCUAUUUGUGUUUGUGCCUAGUGCAAAAUAUUAUGCCAAGGGUUUUUCCAACCUGACAGAAGUAGGGGUGUCAAAUGACAUUUGUUAAAAACGUCUCUGUCACUUUCUGGCAUCUCACAGUGUGAGCAACAUUAUAAUGUCUAUGGUUAUAAUAAAGCCAUCAAAUUUGUUU